UGCACCUAGUCCGGAGCGGAAGGGUGUCACUGGGAUUGGAAACAGAUGCACGCUUCUGGAGGACGCCGAACAAAGAUAUUUCUUUAUUACAGCGUUGUAUGCUCGUUAAAUGUUCGUUGUAUUUGUUGCCGACUGAUUUAGCAGACACUGUUUUUAAAAUGAACUUGCUGCGUUGAACGCGAUUAGAUGAAUGGUGACAGAGUCAGACCACGAGAGAAUCUGUUUGACAAACGUGCUGUACAGGCUCACUGUAGGUUUCAGAAUCUUAUUUGCUGACCAGAUUUUGACAUCUGUCUGCCAUGAGGUUUACAGUGGCACUGCGUGCUAUUGUUUUGGUUCUUCUGCUGGGCUUUACCUGGCUUCUAGCAAAUUCUAUGCUAGGAAGGGAUGGGAACUCCUUUAUGCGGAUGCUAUUUAGUGGUGGACAAGAAGAGCCCACUCCAGAACCACGACCACGCAAGUACAAGUGUGGCCUGUCAGCAUCGUGUCCCCCCAAACAUCUUGCGUUCCGGCUGAUCUCCGGUGCUGCCAAUGUCAUCGGCCCCAAAAUCUGUCUGGAGGAUAAAAUUGUUGUCAGCAGUGCUAAAAACAAUGUUGGCAGAGGGCUCAAUAUUGCCUUAGUAAAUGGGGUUAAUGGAGAUGUUUUGGAAAUAAAAGCCUUUGAUAUGUGGGCAGGAGACAUUUUAGAGCUGCUGAAGUUUCUUCGGCCUCUUCAUGAAGGAACCCUAGUAUUUGUUGUUUCUUUUGAUGACCCAGCCACCAAGUUAAAUGAUGAGGCUCGACGGCUGUUAAUGGAGCUGGGGAGCACAGCAGCAAAGGAACUGAGCUUCAGGGAUAGCUGGGUGUUUGUUGGAGCCAAAGGAAUAGACAAUAAGAGCCCAUUUGAACAGCGAAUGAAGAACAGUAAAAGUAGUAAUAAAUAUGAAGGCUGGCCUGAGUCUCUGGAGAUGGAUGGCUGCAUUCCUCUGCGUGCUCCUUUAGAAACUUGAGGCCUCAUGGGGGCUUUGAACUGUAGAAACACUUCAGACACAAGGAUCAUGGUGCACUAUGUAUGAUCACAAUUCAGCUGCCUAAAAAUUUUACUCAUUGGAUGGUUCAAAAUGGAUUUUCCUUCCAGAGCCGUCUGCUUCAAGGUGUAGAAGAAAACUGAAAUGAAAUUAUAAGUUUAGGUCGUGUGGUCUGGUGGAAUUAGAAUUGUUGUGAUUGACAAAAGAAGGACUUUUUUUAUGAAGAAAAAUAAGUCUUUUUUUUCUACAAUAUUUAAAUGGUAUGUUUAGAAAGGUUCUAUAUAAAGUGUUAAGUUCAUACUGUAUAAAAUCUGUGCCUAAUGCUUUCUCUGAAGGAUGCCAUUUUAUUUUGUUUACUUUCAAAGACGGAUUAUUAUAUACACAUUAAACAA